UCAGAACCCUAAAAAAACCCUAAAAAACAUCAGAGCUCAGUGCAUGUUCUUAAAUGGCCACCGUGUUUUCUUCUUCUUCUUCUUCUUGUUCCUCGUCUCUCUAUUUUAUUUUCAUGCUUGCUCGUGCAUAUGCCUUCUAGCAGCUUUUCUUGUUCGUCAGUUGCUGUUGAUUCAAGUUAGUUCUUCUAUUUGUUUAGUUUGAAGUUGCUCUCUCUGUUCUGCUGCGGAAGUUUUGAAGAGGUUUAAUGGCGAGACUCAUUCGAAAUGCGUCUUUUGUUGGGCGCUGUCUGUUUCAGCACGAGCGGUACAGGAUAGGCAUAUUGGGAACGUCUACUCAAUUAUGUAGUUUUUCUACCAGAGGUAAAAGAAAGUCGAAGUCAUCAGAUGGGAGUGAUUCUUGUGAAGAAAAUUUGUCUAAGAAAGAGCUGGCCUUACAACAAGCCUUGGAUCAGAUAACUUCCACGUUUGGAAAGGGGUCUAUCAUGUGGCUUGGCCGUUCUGUAUCAUCUAGAGAUGUGCCUGUGGUUCCCACAGGUUCGUUCGCAUUGGAUAUGGCUCUAGGAAUUGGUGGCCUUCCGAAGGGUCGCGUAAUCGAGAUUUAUGGUCCAGAGGCAUCCGGAAAGACAACUCUUGCUCUGCAUGUAAUUGCUGAAUCCCAGAAGCAAGGAGGUUACUGUGUCUUUGUUGAUGCGGAGCAUGCUCUUGAUCCAUCCCUUGCUCGGGCUAUUGGAGUGAACACUGAGAAUCUGCUCCUAUCUCAACCUGACUGUGGUGAACAAGCUCUUAGUCUCGUGGAUACCAUAAUCCGAAGCGGUUCAGUUGAUGUUGUUGUUGUUGACAGCGUAGCUGCUCUUGUGCCUAAAGGUGAACUCGAUGGUGAAAUGGGUGAUGCCCACAUGGCAAUGCAAGCUAGACUCAUGAGCCAAGCACUUCGCAAAUUGUGUCAUUCUUUAUCCUUAUCACAGACUGUCUUGAUCUUUAUUAAUCAGGUAAGGUCAAAGCUGUCCACUUUUGGAUUUGGUGGUGGUCCAACUGAAGUUACCUGUGGUGGCAAUGCCUUGAAGUUUUAUGCCUCAGUACGACUGAACAUUAGAAGGAUAGGUUUUGCCAAGAAUGGUGAAGAGAUAGUGGGAAGCGAAGUUCAAGUAAAAGUGGUGAAGAAUAAGCUCGCUCCUCCAUUUCGGACUGCUCAAUUCGAACUCGAGUUUGGAAAGGGUAUAUGUAAAGAGGCAGAGAUUAUGAAUCUGGGGUUGAAAUACAAAUUCAUAUCCAGGGCAGGUGCAUAUUAUAGCUUUAACGGUCGAGGUUUCCGAGGCAAAGAUGCCUUGAAAACCUUUUUGUCAGAGAAUGAAGAUGUUAGGGAAGAUCUAGUCACGAAACUUCGAGACAAAAUACACGAUGAGCAAAGAGGUAAGUCACCGAACAGAGACGAAACGGAUGAAGAAAGUAUCCAAGAAGAUAUUAUCACUUCACCCACUUCUACAGAUGAAGACGCAGUUACUGCAGUAGAAGUAUGAAUGUCGAACAUUUUUCAUCCUCAUUAUCCUGGAUGUAUUCCUCCUCUCCUUGCCAAUGCUAUCAGAGUUUGACCAGGCACGACGUUUUGGGUCUCGACGAGAUAUAAUCCUUUAGUUUCUGCCUUUGUCGUUCCAGUGAAGGAAGAUGAUGCCCUUAUAAAUAUCAUCAGCCAUUUUCGUCACAGAGGAAAUGUAGAAAAUGGAGAUUUUAGGACCUCAGAAUGGCCAGUUUAUGGUUGCUCAUCCGAAGCUCCAAUGCCUCUUUGUAUUGCAACAUGAUGACUAUUUGCAAAUCAACUUCUGUUAUUUGCUCUCUAAUCACAUCUUAUCUGAUUGCUCUUCUCAGGAAA